AGAAGAAGAAGAAGUGAGUUCCGGGUUGUUUGUUUUGAUUUGUUGUCCUGACAGUUAGCAGUUAGCUGCAGUUACCUUCAGUUAAACGUUAAACAUGUCGGCUGCAGAGGACGACACCGAGCUGAGAGAUCUUCUGAUCCAGAACCUGGAGAACAGCGGAAUCCUCAACAAGCUGAAGGCGGAGAUGAGAGCGGCGGUGUUUCUGGCCAUGGAGGAGCAGGACAGACUGGAGAACAAAACUCCUCUGGUUAAUGAAAACCUGAAGAAAUGUCUCAACAGCAAAGACGGUCGGCUGGUGGCCAGUCUGAUCAUGGACUUCCUGCAGGUGUUUAACUUGGACUUCAGCCUCGCUGUGUUCCAGCCGGAGAUCAACUCGCUGAACGGUCUGGACAGUCGGGACCUGGUCUGCAGAGAUCUGGGUCUGUCUGAGUCUGAGCUGAACAGGAACUCUCCUCUGCUGCUGGAGCUCGUCAGGAGAGGACGACACAAAGACAAGACGAGCGUCUCCGCCGAGGGAGACAGAAGUGCAAACAUCCCCAAGGAACUUUCUCAAAAACAGAUCACAUCUGCCCGGAAGAAAUUUGACCUUCACGACAAGGACAGGAGCGGCUCGGUGUUAAAAGACGACCUGAAGUUCGUCUUCACAGAUCUGUUCCCCAGUUUGAACCAGAACAUGCUGGAGAGGUUCAUCACUGAUGAGCUCAGAGCUGCUGGUAAAACCCUCAACAAAACUGUGGACUUCCAGGUAUUUCUGGGACUCUACAAGCGUCUCUUCACUCAGUGCAGAAGUGUGGUCGUUCAGGACUCCGAUGACGUCGUUCAAACUCACAGUCAGUUUCCUGAGGAAAAAGUCAUCUCUCCGUCUGUCAGUAAGAUCCCCAGGUAUAAAGGUCCAGAUCACAGAGGACAGAGUCAGACAGCAGCAAAGGACUCGGACUGUGUGUCUCUGGGUAAAGGAGACGUCAGACGCAGCGAGGUCUCGUCCUCCGCCGGUCUGAGGAGGGACCGGCUGGAUCUGGAUCUGGAGGUGGAGGACGACCCCGAAGACGGAGAUUCGUUCUUCGACGACCCGCUGCCCAAACCGCAGAAGACCUACGGCUGUCUGUCUGUCCUGCCUGCUGACGAUGUCUCUGAACACAGUCACAGCUCUGAGCUCAGGAAGGUGGAGGCGUCCGGGGCCAGAGAGAGUCCAGCAGGGUCCCUGACGGAGGCGUCGGCUCAGAGGCCUGCAGGAGGAGGAGGAAGCAGCGCGUCAGAGCCGAGCCACAGCAGGAACGCAUCAAACUCAAACAGAGAAAAAGGAUUCAGAGACUCGAAGACCCUGAAUGAGAAAACGGGAUCUCUGCAUUUAGACGACGACGUCGAAUAUGACGACGACUUCAACAGUCAUCGGUCCGAUCUGUCUAAGAGUGAGCUGAGUAUCGGUGAGGAGAUCGAGGAAGUUUCCAUCGAGGGACCCGACAACAGCGACAAGUUUGAUGAAACCACUCAGGACCUGAGCGUCUCUCAGCUCAGCCUGAGUCACGGAGUCGACUACAUGGAGGAGGUGGCCUGAACGUCCCAUCAUGCACCUCGCCUCGCCUCGCCUCGCCUCGCCUCGCCUUCCCAUCAUCCAUCACUCUGGGCUUUCCCAUCAUGCACCUCUUGGUACCGUCAAUAUUUAAGUCUGUACAGUUUCAAUGAGCAAAUAAACUGAUUUGUAU